UUCAAUUAGAAGAUGAUGCUGGAGUGAGAAAGAUUAAUGAAGCCGUAAACUGGCUCCUUGAAUGCUUACAUUAUUUACACAAAGCAGAAAGCAUACCACACCUCCUAACUCACUUCUGCGAAUUUUCAGAAGCUCUUCUCUUAGUGAACAGUUUGAUAGAGAGGAGAAUUAUAGACAUCAAGGAUACCUUACACCAGCACCAUUUAUCAGAAACGAUGCAAACCUUCAGGAAAUGUGUUCCAAUGUUGUACACAGCAACUCAGAGCAACAUAAAACAUCCACAUAAUGAGCAAAUGAUUGCUUCGAAAUUGUAUAUUUUUGAUCUUGCUUCAAAAACAUUACAGGAAUUAAAAUGUUUGCUAAAAAAUGGACCAGCCAAACAAGAACUAAACAAAAGGCAAGGCUCAUUUUCUCAAGAUAUGAGCAGAUUGCAAAAACUUUUAUCCACUUCAAAUUUGAACGAGAUCAACUGCAGUGAUCUGGACUUACUCGUGGGAGCUGUUGUGUUCUUCUCCAUGUAUGUAGCUGAUUGUUCAAGACCAAAUAUAAAGCUGCGGCUGGUCAAGCACUGCCAGCAUCUCCUGGAAAAGAGGAAGAAGCUUUGUGACUAUCUCAGUGAAUUACAGGAAAGUUCAGGUAUUGGAAACAUACAUUGUCAACUACAACAACAAUGUGCAUCUAUGAAAGUCGAACUUAGCGAUCUAAGCCAACUCCUGGUUUCUAUUAUAUUCUAUCAAAUCUUAGAUGCUUUUACUGUUAAGGAUCCACUAAAGAGGUUGCUGAAGACUGCUCUGAAGAACAAUAAAAAAACAACUCUAUACACACAAAGUCUCAUUGCCUCUAAAUCUUUACAGCUUCUUCAAGCAUUUCAAAAUCAUGCAGAACAUCUACUGAAAAUAUCUAGUCUUGUGCUGGCUCUUUGUUCUCAAGAAAGAAAUGUAGAAGAAAUACAAAACUCAGUAGAUUUCUUGUGCAGAGUGAGGGAUGAAGUUGUUGAGUUCAUUAUAGACAAUAACCCAUGCUAUGAAACUAGAAUGUUUGAAAAGGCACAGUACAUUUAUCAGAAAUGGAUCCAGGCUACAGAAAGCCUUAUGAUCAGUUUUGACAGCAUGCUUACUGUGCACCAAUUUUUGGACCUAUCUAUUAAAGAGAUUGAAGUUAACAGGCAACACUGUGAGAAGCUCCUUAGAAGUCAGGAGCCUGAAAUCUUUCAGCAUCAUGGUGCUGACCUAUGCGAUCUGGCUGAACGUUUGUGUCAAGUUAUUAAUAGACAUGUUGACCAAAGUAAGGACCCCAUUUUCAGGAAUGGCCUAAGAGUUCUAGUCAGACAACUGGAAAGAUCCGUAAUUGAAACAAGGGAAGCUAUAAUGAAUUGUGUUGAAUCUAUUUCCUGUGUGGUAAAGCAAACGUCUUUCUUGGAGAAAAUGAAAAGGUUGUUUGAAUGUAUAAACAGUGUUAAAGAAGGUGUUAGUGGAUGCAAUCAUCCGGACCUUCUUAGUCCUUUACGAACAGAAGCUGUUCCAGUAGGUCAUAAACCUAUUAAAAUUGAUUUAAAUGAAUUUGAUCAAGUAAAAGAGGGGCAUUAUGAAAUCUCACAAGAGCCUACCAAGUGCUUAUCAUAUGAAGGAUAUCUGAGCAAACCUCUGCCUUUACCCACUAUAUCAAGAGAAUGUGUAAAUAGUAUUGUAAAUACUGGAAAGACAAAGCAAAUUUCAAACCUUCAACCACUUGUAGGUGAUCUUCUAUCAGCAGUAAAUCAGCUAAACUUGAAGGAGAUUAAUGUGCACAGUUCUACCCUUAUUGAAAUUGCAAGCAUUUAUCUUGAAGAAAUCAAAGAGUGCCUUCCACAGGCCAAUAUAUCUGAAAAGGACAUACAUAGGUAUAAAGAAGUUGAAUCUCUAAUAUUAAGUCUUGCUCACCUAACUAAGGAAGGAGACACAGACUCAGUUUGCAUGGGCAGACUUACUCAAACAGCAGUUUUACUUUCACAUUUUAUUGAAGAGAUUAAAACUCACCUUGUGUCCUUUGCAAGUUACUGGUAUAGCUUUUCUCACCAAUUGUUUUGCACCCCAACUCAGUUGAAUGCCAGCACCAAUAUCCAGAUAUUUAAUGGAAUUAUGCAGCACUUAUCAUUGAUUGUCCAGUCUUUAAGUGAACAUUUACUUAGUGGCCACGAUGGUCUGGAUUUUCCCACAUUUUCUGAAAAACAAGAAUCUCUCAUCAAAAUUCAUGUCAAGUUCUCUAAGUGCCAGGCUCUUGCAAAUCAAUUACUCACAAAAGUACUAUGCUUUAAAAUAAAACCUGAUACUCAAAAACUGGAAGAUAUUUGUAUACAGUGGUCAGUUGCUGUUCAACACUUAUCAAAAUGUGUAGAUGACUACAUUGGCAUUGAUAAUUUAUUCAUUUCUGAAUCAAUGGAUAUAGCAGAACUGAAUCUUUCUGAGUGCAAAAGUCUUAUUCUUUUAUGUGAAGCCUCUUUAUGGCUACAGGAAGCAUCUGCUCUCUCGGGUUCGAUGCUUACAGAAAACAAAGAUCAAAAAAACGUUGAACUUCUCAAGAAAGAGAUGGAUGCCCUGACAGAGUCAGUUCUGAAAAUGAGGGAUGAACUUAGUGAACCUAAAUGUGCUACCAAGCCAAAAAUGUUCCUUAACAUAGAGUGCAUGCUCCUCCAAAAGCACCUUAUGUUUAAGGCAAAAUUGCUUAUGCACCACCUAAAAAUCACGUAUGACGGAAAGCAUAAUUUACUUCAAAGAAUGGUAAAUUUAGUCUUAGUUAAAACCACAGACAAAUCUUUAAUAAGAGAGACUUUUGAAAACAAAGCUAAAUUGUUAGUUGGUAAUAUAACAUUAAUAAAAGACAGACUCAGCAUGGAUCUUUGCUUAGAAAAGAAAAACGACGUUGCAUUUUUCGUUGACCAUCUUUUUUUCCUUACAGGGGAUUUAGUAGCUAGAUUAAGGUUACUUAUAGACAAUCACAACAACUGGGAAAUGUUCAUGGUUAACGCCAUGUCUUUGAACUGGUUAGCAAAAGCAGACCAGUUAAUUUCACACCUUCAAUGUGAUGCAGAGAUAGAUGCAGUAACCUUAAUAUUUAUCAAAGAAUGCUUAGAAAUGUGCGACGAGUUAGAUAAUCAAAAUGCUAUCAUUCCCACUGUCCUUGAGAAUUUCAAAUCAGAUACAUCAAUACAAACAGUGACUAAAAAUAUGAAGUCACCUAGGACAGGCAAAGAAAUUGAGCAAAAAUAUUCAAGUCAUAGAGAACAAGAUGAGUCUAAUGAACAUAGCAGUAAUGCUAUUUAUGAGCAAAGUGCAUCCUGUGGCAAUGACAACAGUAAAAUUAACGACGGUAAUAAAAGUAAUUUAGAAAAUGAAAUAAAAUGUAAACAACAAAGUACAGAUGUAAAGGGAGAGUGGAUGAAAUUAAAUAAGGACCCAAAGAGCACUGUUAGAAAAAUGAUAGAAGCAUCCAACUCUGAACAAGAAACAGUAACUCAAGCCAAAUAUGAUAAGCCUUUUAUACAAGAACAAUCUAAGAUAUUUAGUGUGACCUUACAACAAGCAACCAAUGUAAAGUGUGAAAAAAAGGUUAGUGCAUGUAAAAUUAAUAGAGAACAUUUGGAAAUGACCACUCAGAUGGAAUCUAAAGUAAACAAUAAAACAUCUGAACAGGCUAUAAUGACACGACAAGGUGUGCUGAAGAAAAUAACCAGAAAAGAAUCAAAAAGAAUAAAAAGGCAGACAAUGCCUGAUGAAGUACAGAAGGAAGGAAUUCAUCUCCAUUCAAAGAUUCAGAGGGCAUAUACCAAAAGUGCUGGAAUGUGGAAACACACUUUCAAUCAGGAAUACAGAAAUCAAAAAACACUUGCAGAAAGUGAAACAAUACAAAAGCAAGGAACAAAUCAGGAAUCAAACAAUCAAGGAGUUUAUGCUGAAAACACAGCAAUACAAAUAGACGUGUCCAAUCAUGAAUCAAGAAAUCAAAUAACACUUACUGAAAGCAAAAAAACACAGAAAGAAUCAUCAAAUCAGGAAUCAAGCAAUCAGGGAGCUAAUGCUGAAAAUAUCACAAUACAAAAAGACGCAUCCAAUCACGAAUCAAGAAAUCAAAGAACGUGUAUAGAAAGCAAAAGCAUACAAAUGGAAGCAACUAAUGAAGAACCGAGCAACCAUGGAGCUAAAUCUGAAAACACCACAAUACAAAUAGAUACGUCCAAUCAGGGAUCAUUUGAUCAAAAAGGACCUUCACAUAGUACUGGGCUACCACUUAAAAUGCAAGUAGUGGUCUAUAGAGGGCAUGAGGAAAUCAAACAGGGGUCAAGGAAUCAGAAAGCACUUUCAGAAUGCUCUAAUGUUCCAAAACAAGUGAAUAUUCAGGAUUCUUUAAAACAAAGAACACAUAAAUUAACUCCUGGAAACCAGACGGAAAAAGUUGAACAGGGUUUAAAGAAUCACGAACAACAACAAUUAUUACUUUCUGACGGGCAAAAGGAAACAAAAAGUCAGGAACAAAAGAAUCUAAAAGGUCCUUCAGACUUUAUUGGGAUACAAACAAAAAUAGCAACGAGUAGUAUAAAGAGCAGAAAAACUCAUACUGUGCUUUAUAGAGGACACGCUGAAACGAUUCAUGAGGAAUUGCAGAACAAGCAGAAGGAAACAAGCAUUCAGGUAUCAAUAUGUCCGAAAACGGAUGUAGAUACUGUAGAAGAACACAAUGAGAAAUGUUUUAAAGAGUCACCCUGUGGGAAAAUAUAUUCCCCAAUAUCUCUUAGAAAAACAAAAACAACAAACCGGCAAUAUACCACUCAACAAACGCACAUGACACCAAUUACAGUAUCACAGGACACACUAAAUAAAGAACUAAAAGUAUCAAAAGCUGAAAGUUUAAUCAAGUCUAAGCUACUGCUGGCGCCUGCUGAACAUCUAAGGAAGACAUCUGUGAUUAUGGAACGUCAAAAGGCAAGCCAUACAUCAUUGGAAGACAUUGGUUGGCAUCCUCGCAAAAUGACGACAUGUGUUCUAGCUGCAGAAGUGGAGACAUGGGAGGGUGAGAGUAACACAAUUGUAAAAAUCACCAAGGAAAUGGCAGCACAAAUGUCUUACAUGGUACAGUACCUAAAUAGGAAAGGACCAAUACAGGUAUCCAUCUGAGAACUCUUUGGCAUUGGAAAGAGAAUUUGUCACUUUUUAAAUAACUUUUGCUUGAUACUUUUUUUUAAUUUCUCUUGCAAAAGUAUGGCUUACAGUGUUUGUUUUAUACCAUCCACCAUGUAUAGUUUUGUACUACAUAGCCUUACCCUCCCACCUUCACCCUACUAGUUCACGUGUAACUGGUGCACUUAUUUUUAUUUUUCAUGAUGGGAUCUAUUAAAACUCUUUUCACUUCCCUAAGAGAGGAGAAAUGGG